AUGGACCAAAAGAAAAAUGAGCAAUGCAAAACCGAUCAGGUCGAUUCAAGUGGAAGGACCAAGAACACAUCCACUCAAACGACCCUGACUGGACGUCAUCCGGAAACAACUCUUCGCCAGGCUGCUACCGAGUACCUACAGGCGAGAAUCGCCUAUGACAGGGAGCAAUUGUAUAGACGCUGGGCUGAGGUGGCACGCGUGGACCUACGUCCACGUCAACGUCGCGCCAUCCGUCAAUCGGGGAGCAUCGAAGAUUUGUUGCUAUUCAGCGAACUCGUGAUGACAAAUAUGCAGAUAAUCGGAGAUCUAGAACCAAGAAGAGAAUCUCAGCGAGGAAUGUAUCGAAGAUGUCAAAGUCAGACGUCCACCGUUUGGAAAACAAUUGAUACCAGUGAAAUCGACGAUGAAAUCCAAAAAUUGAUGUGUUUCCUUCCAAAACGUAGACCUGGACCUCAGAAACUCUCGAGAAAUCAAAUUUUGAAGGAACUCUACGAGGUGGCUCUUGAAGAAUUGAAGGAUGAGCACGUCAAGAAACCAGACACCGAAAAGCAUUCGACUUCGGGGCAACCAUCCUCAUUGGCACAGUCUUCCACUUUGGAACAAGUCUCCAUUUCCGAACAACCUUCCACUUCGGAUGUCAAGAAAGCGUCUUCCAAGUGGUUUUCCCCGGAAGAAUCUUGUUGA